GAAUAGAUGCACUUGUUGAAUCAGGUCCCAUUCAGUCGGGGGGCACAGGUUGUGUGCUAAGUCAUCUGAAAUCUUUGACGGAUCCCUCGUAAAUGAAAACACACUAAAGAAGCGACUGCGCUAGAUCGAUUUUAUAACCUCACAUCACCGCCAGCUGCAUUGCCAGGUGAGUUUCGUUUUGAUGUCUGCACAGCGAUUGUCUAUCUGGUCAUGUGUGCGUACUGCCCUGAGCUGCGGGGCUCUCAUGCUGGCUUCUCUACCAGACUUCACCACAGGUAAGAACUGCUCCCACCCGCUCGUACCCGAGCAUGGAGGUUUCCGCUGUGAACCCUCUCCCUGUCGUGGUUUCCCUCAAAAGAGCAUCAUUAGCUUUUUCUGUGAGCCCGGCUACAUUCUACCCAAACGCCACCAUCGGUCAAAGUGUCAGCAUGGGGAAUGGCGUCCAGCAAUGCCCAUCUGCAUUCCCCAACCAGAGGGUCAUGCUGAACAAAAAGAAAACAUAGUCAACUCUAUCCCAAGUGUGGCUACGACUGCUAUUGGUGUGUCCAUCUUCCUUCUCACCACAACAGCCUGUUUGGUCAUCAAAUCCCGUCUAUUCUCCUGUCGAACGCAACGGCGUUCCUCGGAUCAGUUGGACCUUGUUGUAGAUGGCUUACCUGUAGCUCUUCCCACGUACGAGGAGGCAAUCUACAGCAGUUGGGGCCAACGACUCCCGCCAUUCCGUGGACCCACUCAGCUCCUGCUGACCCAGGAUGGAUCCGAACACAGUCCGCUGACUUCGCUCAUGUGCCCCGAUUCGAAUCACUGUACCGACACAGCCAAUCAGAGCACAGAGACUCCACCGCCUCCUUACGAAGAGGUCCAAUCACGAUCUAGAGACACUGAGAACGACAGUGGCGAGCGGGCUUUGCAAAGUGCACUUUCUGUUGAUAAAAACAACUAAUUACUGGACGUUAAUGAACUCACCCUUAGCUUUUUGAUUGUUCGUUUUCUUGCACAGGAGUCCUUGUGACUUUUCUUUCUGCCUUUGAUUGUGGAUUCAUCCUUCUUUGGCUUAAAUACCAGUGAAGAACUGGUGUAGAUGUUUCGCAGUGACCUUAUUGGUCAGAUACGUUUUGUUUUCCUGGGCAAUGUGCUGCAAUAUUGAUUAUGUCAAUGUUUUCACUGACCAGCUGGAGACGUGGAUACCGUCUCCCCUCCAUGAGGGGAAACAAGGUGUUUUAAGGGGACUUUUAUGAUUACUGAAUGACUUUUAUUUAAUGAUGUAGGUAUUGCAGUCAUUCCUGUAAGAAUGAAAUGCUGUGUAGUUACAUUUUCAGAGUUAUGACUUAAGAUUAGCAUGGAAAGAAUAUGAUUUCACCUCAUUCAGUGUUUCUCAGAGCAUUUAGAUUGACUGCAUGUAAUAGCUGGAUUGGGAUUGUGCCUGUUGACUGAUGGAUAUAGUAUAUAUGAUUUAAUUUUAAUUCCUUCCACCUGAACAGAUUUAUCUAUUGAUAAAUAUUGCGUUAACAUACAGAACAGGGGAACAGACUUGAAGUAUGCUUGCUGAAUGGGCUUUGAAUGUUUUGUGUGGUAUUAUUUGUUAAUCAUUUUAUGAUAUGUAACAUUUACAUCAUAUCUUGUAUAUAAUUCUGCACAAAUAGUAUAUGUAAAAGUAAUAAUAAUACAUUUUUAACUUUAUGAAUGGAAUGUUUGCUAUUAAAAAGGAUUUUAAAUCUUU